AAAAAAAGACGUGAACGAAAAGAAAUAAAAUAUUCUUAUGCAUUGAAAAAAAAGUCUAAGGAUCAUUACCGCAUAAACGGUUAUUCUGAUUUUAUGGAUCUGGACGAAGGGGAAGAAUACGAAAAAUAUGAGAAUAAAGAUGAUUCAUGUUCUUUAAUCACUAAUCUUGGUAACAAAAAUAAACACAUAUUGACUCCACAAUCAUCUACUGAACAUUUAUCUAAAGACGGCAAAGCUUCAAAAUCUGAAGCGAGACCUUUCACCAUGGAUAUAACAAAUUUACUUUCAGCACCUGAAGAUGAAAGUUCCUCUUCGACGACUGAGGUUACAACACCAAGUCCACCAACAACCCCUGAUCCUACUACUACUCCUUUGCCCACGGAACGUUUGCAUAAAAUUAAACUGAAGAAUAGUGGAAAUUCUUUAUCACGAGUACUCAUAGAUCGCGGUUUAUCCGAACAAGCUUUUGGUUCUGCAGAAUUAAAUAACAACAAUAAUAAUAACUCUAUUCGUCUUUCAUCCACUCCUCACUUGGAAUGGGAAGACUUAAUUAAGAAUAUUAAUGAUUUGAAUCUUGAUAUGAAUAACUUGGAUAAUGUUACUCUUAAUGUCAAAUGGAAAAGUAACCCAUUGGAAAUUUCUCAUUUACUUCGUUACGAUGUGUUACAUAAAACCGAAGCUACUGUCGCAUCUCUCUUAAGACUUACUCCGGUACAAUAUUUAACUUCAAAGUAUAUAUUACUUUCUGCUUCGCGUAGAUAUAAAGACCGAAUGUUACCAUUUCGAAAAAGCGAUGCUCAAAAAAUGUUGAAAAUUGAUGUUAACAAAUCAA